AUGUCAGCGUCGAAUUUAGAAAUGUUUCACAAACGAGCGGCCGCAGCGGAAGAAGAAAUAGUUUUCUUAAAAGAACAAAUUGAACUCUUGCGCCAGAAUAUUGCGGACAAAGUUUCACAGGAGUCUACUAUGGACAAGGACGAAGUUAUAAAAUUACAACAGGAGAAUAUUAAAUUGAAACACAGAAUAGCGAUACUGAAGAGGACCAUUGAAGCUCAGAGAGCUAAAGUAUCAUCAGAUUCUACAUCUCUAUCUGUUGUAUCUCAAGACAGUGAUGUGAUCAGUAUAAAUAAUACUCUGUGCGAUAUUUUUCGAGAGGCAAUCCAUUUAGCGUAUCCUGAUAUAUCAGAUCCACCAGUAAUAGUAACUACCAGCAAUAAUCUCAAAUUUGGAGAUUACCAGUGUAACAGCGCUAUGCCUUUAGCCCAACAUUUAAGUAGCUCUGGUACUAAAGUAAUUCCACGCAAUGUUGCUAACAACAUAAUAUCUAAGCUAGAAGAAUCCUUUCUUGUAGAUAAAUAUGAGAUAGCUGGCCCAGGAUUUAUAAAUAUAUAUUUAAAACGUGACUUUGGACAAUAUACUUUGAACAGUUGGUUAAAGAAGGGUGAUGUUCCUCCUCCAUGUGUUCAAAGGAAAAGAGUUAUAGUAGAUUUUUCUAGUCCCAACAUUGCCAAAGAGAUGCAUGUGGGACACUUAAGAUCUACUAUAAUUGGAGACAGUAUUUCUAGACUGUUAGAAUACUUAGGACAUGAUGUGCUGAGGAUCAAUCAUAUAGGUGAUUGGGGUACACAGUUUGGUAUGUUAAUAGCACAUCUGCAAGACAAGUUUCCCAAUUAUUCAACUGUAGCUCCUCCUAUCCAGGAUCUUCAGGCUUUCUAUAAGGAAUCCAAAACCAGGUUCGAUACUGACGAAAAUUUCAAGAAACGUGCGUAUGAGUGCGUUGUUAAAUUACAGGCUCUUGAGCCUGAAAUAACAAAAGCAUGGCAAAUGAUAUGUGAUGUGUCAAGGCAAGAAUUUCAGAAACUAUAUACCCGACUGGAUAUUAAGAUAAUAGAAAGAGGUGAAUCAUUUUAUCAAAAGCACAUGGAAUUAGUAGUCAAAAAAUUGGAAUCAAAAAAUAUGUUAGAAGAGGAUAAUGGGCGGAAGAUAAUGUGGGGUGAGAAACGAGACAGUGGGAUACCUUUGACGAUAGUAAAAUCUGAUGGCGGUUUCACGUACGAUACAUCAGACAUGGCUGCUCUUAAGCAACGUAUUGAAGACGAGAGGGCCGAUUGGUUGAUAUAUGUGACGGAUGCUGGCCAAUCUCUACAUUUUCAAAUGCUGGAAAGUUGUGGCAGAAGGGCAGGUAUCUUAAAGAGCAAUCACAGAAUGGACCAUGUUGGCUUUGGUGUCGUUUUAGGCGAAGACAAGAAGAAAUUUAAAACUAGGUCUGGUGAUACUGUAAAACUCAUUGAGUUACUGGAUGAAGGCUUGAAAAGGGCACUGCAGAAACUCAAAGAAAAGGAACGCGACAAAGUGCUAUCCGAAGAAGAGCUGAAGAUGGCACAGGAAUCCGUGGCGUAUGGUUGCAUAAAAUAUGCCGAUUUAGUACACAAUAGAAACCACGAAUAUAUAUUCUCGUUUGACAAGAUGUUGGAGGAUAAAGGCAACACCGCCGUGUACUUAUUGUACGCUUUAACUCGCAUCCGUUCCAUCGCCAGAAUGGCGAACGUCACGCAGGAUGAAUUGCGGAAACACGCGCACGACACUUUAGUCUCGUUGGAACAUGAGAAGGAAUGGAAGCUAGCUAAAGUGCUGCUCAAGUUCCCUGACGUGCUUCUCAAUAUUAGCCAGGAUAUGUACCUGCACCAAUUGUGUGAAUUUUGUUACGAGAUCUCAUGCGCGUUUACAGAAUUUUAUGAUAAAUGCUAUUGUGUGGAGAAGAAUCAGGCCGGUGAAAUCGUGAAAGUAAACAUGGGACGUCUUUUAUUAACGGAAGCUACCGCGAUAGUUAUGGGAAAGUGCUUUGCUUUGUUAGGCCUGAAACCCGUUACGCGGAUGUAGAAUUUUCAUUUUUUAAAUAGGAAUUGUAUAAUUCCGAUUUACGUCGAGAUCUUAAUUGCAAAUGUAAUGAAAGAUUAAUGAAAACUAUGUGGAUGUUUUAUAUGAUUUUUCCUUAUAUAUGUUGCAUUUAUAUUUCUGCUUUACAAUACAAUUUAAUGCAAAUUAAUAUUAUCUUAUGAU